CGUUUACAACCUUUUUUGCAGCAGUAUACUUUUAUACAAACUAGGACGUUCUUAAUUAAUCAUACAUUUAAUUAAAUGAAAGGAAAACAGGAAUGGCAACGUUAACCAGAUCAUUUCCGAAGAUAGCUCGUCAUCUGAACUACCGACGAUCAUUUCCAACGGCGACGUCUGCUCGGGUCGACAUUCCCUGUAUUCCGUACGAGGCUUUUGACUAUACAGGAAAUACAGUGAAUCCAUGGAGUUUAAUGCGCCUCGUGGAAUCAGUGCGCGCGUACACGUUCUGGAAGCAUGUGAGCACGAGCGCACCGAACACGUCCAUGAUGGAUCUCCACGACAUUUUGAAGUCCCGUCUCGUCUUUAUCAUUGGUGCUCGUCUGCAGAUAAUGGACAGAGCAUUUCACGAGUUUGAGACACCCAAACACCCUCUUUAUUGCAUCACCGCCUUGAAAAAUCUCGGAAAGUCGUCAAAAACGUUAAGUUAUGAUUUGUUCCACGAGGGCAGUGAUAGACAUUUAGUGUCUUGUGACGUCACUGACGUGCUUGUUGACGAAAAAUCCCGUAAGCCGAUAGCGUAUCCGGAUUGGUGGCUUGAAAAAUACGGUCAUCAUGUAAACGGCUUUCGGCGCGCGCAGCUUUUGACUGACGUCGAUCCCGGAAGUGCUCAAGUGAAUCUGUCUUAUUUCCGGGUAACACUUUCCGACACUGACACUUAUCGCCACUGCAACUGGGCGUCUUUCUUGAAAUAUUGCUACGAAAGCAUGUUUGAACACGUAUCACGUGACGGUAGCUACGCGUGGAUUACGAGUGAUGACGUCAACGCAGGAUUACGUCACGUUGAUAUGUUAUUCCGAAACGAGGCAACGUUAGGGGACGUCUUGAUAGUGCAGUCCUGGAGCGAAUGUGAUCAGACAGACACAGGAGAAUACCCGUAUUUGAAAUUUCGAAUUAUAAACAAUGGAAACUCUUGCUUCGAGGCUAAAAUGGCCUUCUUUGAGGAUAAGAAAUCAAUCAAACAUAAAUUAUAGACAAUUAUAUCAAGUAUAAAAUCAAGUAAAAAAUCCUAUUAACAGUAUCAAAGUACAGGGAAUCGAUAGGCUUGGUGUUUCAUUAUGAUAUAUGUGUUUAUUUAUAAAUAUAUGAAUUUAUAAACAGUGUUACUUUGGUGUACCUUUUAUUUA